AUGAUGGAGGACCGGCCGCCCCUCACAUCUCCAGAUGGAUCCAGUAAUGGGAACCCAAUAGAUAGAUGUCCCUGUCCUCUCUAUUCCCGGGACUCCACACAGGAACAUCAGGAGAUCCCUCAGGAGAAUCAGCGUGAAAAUCCAGUUAAAGUUGAAGUUAAGGAAGAAGAGACGUAUGUGAUGGGUGAUGAUCCAUGUAAGGAGGAGAUCCUUCCAGAGAUCAGCCCAGACACCAGAGAGACUCGGAGAGACAUCAAAGCUGAGGAAGAGGAGAAUGUGAAAAUUGAAGAGGAGGAAGGUACUCCAGAGAUCAGCCCAGACACCAGAGAGACUCGAUAUGUUGUAUCUGAAGACAAAAUAAACCAUAUGAGGAUAAAGGUGGAGGAAACGUCUCCGGAGAUCAGCCCAGAUGGAUCCAGUAAUGGGAACCGACCAGAGAGAUGUCCCCGUCCUCUGUAUUCCCAGGACUCCACACAGGAGCAUCAGGAGAUCCCUCAGGAGGAUCAGUAUAAAAGGCUGAAGAAUAUUAAAACUGAAGUGACGGAGAAAGCUGAAGAGACAAAUCUGAGGGGGGAUAAGUCAUUCAAGAAGGAGGAAAUCCCACCAGAGAUCAGCCCAGACCUCAGAGUCACUCAGAGAAAUGUUAAAGCUGAGGCAGAGGAAGAAAAACAUAUGAAGGCGAAAGGGAAAGCUGUUCUAGAGAUUGGUAUGGAUGGACAAUACACAUUGCAGAAUGUGAAAAAAAAAUCCCACAUUUUCAAGUGGCAAAAUUGGAGGUGAUGACAUCACAGCCUAUGUUUCGAGAGAAAAAGCCUUUAUGCCAAAUCAUCAGGCGGUAUCAUUGAAAGAGAAGAAGCGCUUUGUGUGUUCGGAGUGUGGGAAAUGCUUUACACACAAACAAACUCUUAUUGUGCACCAGAGAAGUCACACAGGGGAGAAGCCUUUUCUGUGUUCGGAGUGCGGGAAGGGUUUUUCUUAUAACUCCCAUCUUACUGAACACAAAAGAACUCACCCAGAGGUGGACCCCUUUUCAUGUUGUUCUGAAUGCGGAAGACGGUUUCGCACAUGGAGGAUUUUAGUUAUGCAUCAGAGGGUUCAUUUAAGCAAAAAUGUUUACCCGUGUUCUAACUGUGGGCAGGGGUUUUUUAAGAUGGCAAAUCUUAAAAAACAUGAAAGACUUCAUAGAAGGUUGAAGUUAUACUAA